CCGCCCUCAGUACUCGCUCGAACGUGCGAGUGGACGGACGUUUUGGGUUGUGUAUGUGUUGUUAAACGAUAGAUUAACUUAACAAUAUUGUGUUUUGAGUUAUUAAAUAUAUGUUGUUGGUUGUGCUGUGAAUAUAAAUAUAGCUGUUUAAAUAAGCGAGAGAUGGAGGCGAAGGUGAAGGAGGAAAUACCUGACAAAGAAUACACUCAGCUCACCGUCGACAAGAGGAAACCUGUGACGGGGAAGGAGAGGAAGUCCCCGGAGCAGGAGGAGACCAGGUCCUCGCCAACACCUGGACCACACAGCCCACAGAACAACGGAACACCAGCGCUGUCGUCGUCCGAGUCCUCGCCUCCGCCCGACGCCCGCGCCGCUCCAGCGCUGCAGCGCUUGCGUCGCUUCCUUUCAGCGCUGCACACGUUCGCAGCGGAUGUCAGCGCUGAUGUCGGCGAGAGGGUCCGACAGUUGAUAUUCAACCUUGUGGCGGGAGUUAUCAGUAUCGAGGAGUUCCAGAGCGGGGUGCAGGAAGCCACCAACUAUCCUCUGAGAGCGUCCGUCCCGGCCUUCCUCAGGGCCUUGUUACCCCUGGCCCUUAGAGACCUGCAUGCUAGAGCUCGGAGAACGAAACAGACACCGCUGCAGUACAUCAGGUCGCACGAGCACACCGUGCUGGAGGCGGGUGGAGACGCCGCGGACAUCUUCGCCCAUGAGGCGGGCAAGAGACGUGCCAGCGACCCUUUCUACGAGUGUCACAGUAACGGUACUCACGAGGACUACCCUCCAGCCAAGAGGCCUGUGUUCAAUCCGUCCCCGUUCUACCCUCUGCCGUCUAACGCCAGCCUCUUCGACUACCAGCCUUACCACUGCCCCACGCAGGAAGCUGGUUUCGAGAGGAGAGACGGUGGUAUCACCGUCCGCGACGUGUCCACCAUGAACGCGACCCUGGAGCCGCGGCCCGGCCUGGCCAAGACCGACGACGAGUGGAAGAACAUCAACACCAUGCUGAACUGCAUCCUCAGUAUGGUGGAGAAGACGAAACGAGCCCUCGCUAUACUACAGCAGAGAGGAGUGGAACCUCCCGAGAGUUCUGAUAUAAAGCGCGCGGCGAGUGAGAUCAUGUGCGCCGCGGUGAGGCAGACGGAGGAGAGGGUCGCCGAAGUCAGGAGACGGGCCGAGGAUGCCGUCAACCAGGUGAAGCGCCAGGCGCUGGUGGAGCUCCAGCGCGCGGUGGGCGCUGCCGAGAGCAAGGCCCUGGAGCUGGAGCGGGCGCGACACUCGCCGCCCCCCGGCCGAGACCUCAGCCCCGGGGCCGCGCACAGUUGUUGUUGGAACUGUGGUCGCGCGGCGCAGGAGACGUGCUCGGGCUGCGGCGCCGCCAGGUACUGCGGGGCCUUCUGCCAACACAGGGACUGGGAGAACCACCACCAGGUCUGCAGCGGUCGGGACACGAAGCCCUCGUCGAUGGUCCGCACCUCCCCUCCCUCCACACAACCCAUCCUCCCCAAACCCCUGACUCGCUCCUCGACCCCCAUCGUCACACCUAUAGUGACCCCCAUAGCGGCACCCGCAGCGACCCCCAACCCCGCAGCCGACAGACCCGCGGCGGCGAAGAAAUGACGCAACGGAAACUUUUUGGGCAACACGAUCGCGUUACCCAGAAAAGUUAGAAGAUAGACUGUCGCUGACGUCACAUCCUCUCCCGCGCCGCGAGUGACGCCGGGUGAAACCAUACAGACAGUAGAGUGGAUCGUUGGAUAAGGAUUACCAAAAAAAAAAAAAAUACAAAGCAACUUCGACUAAUUUAUUACAAUCGUAAUACGCUUCGUGCCAUACAGACGUGUUUUGUUAUAGACAUAGUACUAAAUGUAAUGAACAUUUAACUUGUAAAUAAUGUUUCCCGUGACUCCCGCACUCGCGUUGAUUCCUCUCGUGCAAUAUUAACGUUAAUAUAAUUCUUAAUUACGCGAAUUUAAUAAUGUUAAGUGACGUUCGUGUAGGCGGAGCAUUCCUUUGAUGUCUUGUUCGUGGAAUAAAUGUAAUGAAUAUA